UAGAAGUGAAUUUGUGUAAGCAGUUCAGUCCAUCCACCUGGCGGGAUGGUGAGUCCAAACCUAGAUGAUGCAGUGUUUAUCCGCUGCUGCUUGCUGCCUGUCCCCUUGGCGAACAGCCAGCGAUAGUGAGCUCAGAGGCUGCGUGUUUCUGCCUGGGGGUGAAACGUGGACCCAGAAGCGGCUCUUUAACAGCGAAGGAACCAGGAAGGACUGGGAGUCCGCUGGAUGAAGGGAGAGAACAUUUCCGUCCAUUUCUGAAACAAGAACAAAUCUUCCGCGGCGACUUCAAGGAGCCUGAGUCAUCGUGGGAUUUGGAGGAAGCCAGACUUGGGACACUCUAUGGAGACUUUGAAUCUUUCCCUCCUGCUUCCUUCCCAACUGGCAGCCUUCCUCUGGCUGGUUGAGUGGGGGCCUCCCAGACAUGGCACUGACCAGCCGACCCGGUGCUGACUUGGCUCCUGGGCUCAUUCAGCCUCUGGUGGCAUCUCGCUUUCUCCCUCCUGGGGCACAGUGGUGAGUCAGGGGCGCCAGCCCUGAGUGUGCUUGGAGCGUGUCGCUGGCACCCCCCAUUGCCCUCUCUUCCCCAAGCUGGAGGACGGUGAGGCUGUCAGGGGCUACGAUGAGAUGAGUGGGGGCCGCUUUGACUUUGAUGAUGGUGGGGCAUACUGUGGGGGCUGGGAGGGGGGAAAGGCCCAUGGACAUGGACUGUGCACGGGCCCCAAGGGCCAGGGCGAAUACUCGGGCUCCUGGAACUUUGGCUUCGAAGUGGCGGGCGUCUACACCUGGCCCAGUGGGAACACCUUCGAGGGAUACUGGAGCCAGGGCAAACGGCAUGGGCUGGGCAUAGAGACCAAGGGGCGCUGGCUCUACAAGGGCGAGUGGACGCACGGCUUCAAGGGACGCUACGGAACUCGGCAGAGUGGCAGCAGCGGGGCCAAGUAUGAAGGCACUUGGAACAAUGGCCUGCAGGACGGCUAUGGUACCGAGACCUAUGCAGAUGGAGGGACCUACCAGGGCCAGUUCACCAACGGCAUGCGCCACGGCUACGGCGUGCGCCAGAGCGUGCCCUACGGGAUGGCGGUGGUGGUGCGCUCGCCGCUGCGCACGUCGCUCUCGUCCCUGCGCAGCGAGCACAGCAACGGCACGGUGGCCCCGGACUCGCCCGCCUCGCCCGCCCCCGACGGCCCCACGCUGCCCCCCGCCGCCAUCCCGCGCGGCGGCUUCGCGCUCAGCCUGCUGGCCAACGCCGAGGCGGCGCGGGCGCCCAAGGGCGGCGGCCUCUUCCAGCGGGGCGCGCUGCUGGGCCGCCUGAGGCGCGCCGAGUCGCGCACGUCGCUGGGCAGCCAGCGCAGCCGCGUCAGCUUCCUCAAGAGCGACCUCAGCUCGGGCGCCAGCGACGCGGCGUCCACCGCCAGCCUGGGCGAGGGCGCCGAGGGCGCGGAGGGCGCCGACGAGGCCGCGCCUUUCGAGGCCGACAUCGACGCCACCACCACCGAGACCUACAUGGGCGAGUGGAAGAACGACAAGCGCUCGGGCUUCGGCGUGAGCGAGCGCUCCAGCGGCCUGCGCUACGAGGGCGAGUGGCUGGACAACCUGCGCCACGGCUACGGCUGCACCACGCUGCCCGACGGCCACCGCGAGGAGGGCAAGUACCGCCACAACGUGCUGGUCAAGGGCACCAAGCGCCGCGUGCUGCCGCUCAAGAGCAACAAGGUCCGCCAGAAGGUGGAGCACAGCGUGGAGGGCGCCCAGCGCGCCGCCGCCAUCGCGCGCCAGAAGGCCGAGAUCGCCGCCUCCAGGACAAGCCACGCCAAGGCCAAAGCUGAGGCAGCGGAACAGGCCGCCCUCGCUGCCAACCAGGAGUCCAACAUUGCCCGCACUUUGGCCAGGGAGCUGGCUCCGGACUUCUACCAGCCAGGACCGGAGUAUCAGAAGCGCCGGCUGCUGCAGGAGAUCCUGGAGAACUCAGAGAGCCUGCUCGAGCCCCCGGAGCGGGGCCCCGGGGCGGCGGGGCCCCCACCGCGCUCCCGCGAGAGCCCGCAGCUGCACGAGCGCGAGCCCCUGGGGCCCGACGGCGGCCCCCCGUCGCCGGCCGGGACGCCCCCGCAGCCCAAGCGGCCCCGCCCGGGGGCGACCAGGGACCGCCUGGCCAGCCCGGGCGCCUGGAACGGGGAGCCGGGCGCCGAGGGCAGCCGGCCGCUCACGCCGUCCGAGGGCGCGGGCCGCCGCAGCCCCGCGCGGCCUGCCGCCGAGCACAUGGCCAUCGAGGCGCUGCAGCCGCCGCCCGCGCCGGCGCAGGAGCCCGAGGUGGCGCUGUACCGGGGCUACCACAGCUACGCCGUGCGCACCGCGCCGCCCGCGCCGCCGCCCUUCGAGGACGAGCCCGAGCCCGAGGCCUCCGGGCCCGACUCCGCGCCGCCGUCGCCGGCCGCCGCCCCGCCGCGGGCCCCCGAGCUCGCGCCCGGGUCCCCGGCCAAGCUGGAGCCAAAGCCCAUCGUCCCCAAGGCCGAGCCCAAGGCCAAGGCCCGCAAGACUGAGGCCCGAGGGCUGACCAAGGCGGGGGCCAAGAAAAAGGCUCGGAAGGAGACGGCGCAGGCAGCCGAAGCCGCAGUGGAGGUGGACGAGGUCCCCAACACCGUCCUCAUCUGCAUGGUGAUCCUGCUUAACAUCGGCCUGGCCAUCCUCUUCGUUCACCUCCUGACCUGACCCUUGUCUACCAGAGCCAGCAGUCCCUGCUGAGGACGUGAGGACCCAUCUUUCUGCAUUACCAGGCAGGGUGGCCAAGGAGGACUGAACUCUGGACCUGGAGCCCUGGGGUCCAGCUCACAUCCACCCCACAUCCGUUUCAGGAGGCCUCGCGUGGCCCUGCGCUGGGUGGCAGUGGUGCCCAGAGGAAUGGAAUGUGCUGGGGAUCCUCCGGGAGCUCUGUGCCCGGCGGCAGGGGAAGCCUCAAAGGAAGAGCCCUGGUCUCCUGAGCGCGCCUGUCCCUCAUCCUCACCCAUUCCCUCGCCUUGCUGCUAGGGUCCCCCCUCCCUGAGCUUUUGUGUGUUUUGGGAGAUGUCACUAAACCAAGGUAGUAAUACGAACUCCCAGCCCCUUUCCUUGCACCCCUGCCCUGAUUUAUUUUAACCGUCUGGCUAUGGGGGGAGUGACAGAUCCCCGCGGCGGGUGAGCCAGGGAGCCACCCCGCCCCCCCUCCCCGCCCCGACGGGGCAGAGGCCGUGCCUUUCGUGGGCUUCGUGCAGCACACACUCUGUCCCUUGCUUACAGAUGUUCUGGAUGACAAGAGAGGCAAUGGACAUGCUUAGUUUGAAAAUCCCAGGAUACAGUGCUCCUGCCUCCUCCCACCGGUUCGGUCAGCUUCCCUCCUGGACCAGUAGAAGAGGGGGAGAUGUGAGGCCCUGGAGCCUGGGGUGGGAAGAAGGGCCAAGGGAUGGCCCCUGUCUUUGAGUGUGCCUGAGCCCGAGGCUGCCUCGCAUCUGGGGCUUCCCGUGUGCCCAGGGUGCUAAAGGGCCACCCCGCAGGAGCCCCGGAGGCUGCCAGGAUAACACUAGCGGGAUGUCCUGCGAAUUGGUUUGUCCGUUUCCCUCACCAGGGCCCACCGCAGCCUCAAGGGAGAAUGAGCAUGGAAACCCGUGGAAGCCCAGGCAGAUUUCCCUGGGGACAGACUCUCAGGCAGGUGCUGAAGACAGGCUAUUUGUCAACGAUCAUUUGCCAGGGAGAGAAGAGCAAGUCUGGGGUCCCCAGUGGGUGCAGUCUGUUGGAUAAUGAGCCCCUUGGCUUGCUUGGCAGAAGAUGGUAUUUGCAUGUAGCUCAUUACAGAUGUUUUGCACCACACUGGAUCUCCAGUCCCUUGUGCUUGCUGGGCUGGGUGGAGGCUGAGGGCUCACGGGCCCAUUCACCUGGGAGGACAGAGGAAAGGGCUUCUAGGCCCCUUCAAGCCCAGGGAAGGUUGUGGCAAUGUCAUCCAAGCAGAACCGUGGGGAUGCCGCUCUCCUGCUUGUUUCUGUGGACCUUGGGGGCUUUGGUGUUUUGAUCCAGCCUCCUCAGGGCAGCCCCGCAACCUGGAGUCUGUUUCUGAUGAAGUUGGCCUCGCCUUUCCCCCUCGGUACUUGGGCACCUUCCUCCAGCUCCAUGUGUGCUCUUUCAGGCGCCGCUGGGGCCUCAUGGCGGGGCUGGAAUCUUGGACUGCGUUUCUGUGGAGAGGAGCCUGCGGAUUCUCCCGUCCUCAGCCAGCCUGUGGCUCUGCGUCUGUGUUUGGGCUUUUCUGGACUCCGAGGGAAGGACAGGGCUGGGCUGGGGGCACUGCUCAGGGCUGGUGGGCCCCAGGCCUCGGCUCUGAGAGCAUUGUCCAGGUUUGGGGCUGGCCCAGUGCUGGAGAUAAGCCUCUGGGUACCAGAGCUCCCGGGCCUAGGGUUAGGGCUGGUGCUUGGGGUGAGGGUUCUGGAUGCUGCUGUCUGUACAAUAAUAAACCUACAUCUGCUCGCAGGCUCUGGAGGAGCUGCAGGGUCUGCUUGUGGGCCCAGCCUGAGGGGCUGACUGAAGCGGGCAGGAGAGGCUGGGGGUCCGGUCUUUUUCUUACAGUUCCUAUCAUACCCCUUCGGGGCAGCCGAAGGGCUUCAGUGCAGAUCAGAGACCUUCCAAGGCAAACCCUGGAUUUCUAAAGCAGACUUCCAGAACCUUCCCUGAGAAGCGUGUGUUAGAAGAAAGAGCUGCCCUUUGAAGUUAGGUCCUCUUGGCCUCCUGUCCUGCUCAGCCACUUAUGUCUCUUCUGACCCUCAGUUUCCCCACCUCUAAACAGGGAAAAUAAUGGUACCUCCCUCCCUCCUGAGACUGGUGGGGAUUCCACAAAGUGUCGAUGCUCGUGGAGGAAAGCCCGGCUGAGGAAGCAGUGGAGACAUGGAGACUUGGAUCAUGAUUGCCAAACACCCCAGUACCUCUUGCAUUUUGGUUGAGGACCCCAGAAGCCCCAAAAGCAUGGAGACGACCCAGGUCACAGUCAGAUAGUCACAGAAUGUCUCAGAGGCCCAGAGGCCACCUUCCUUCUCUACAGAGGCCCAGAGAGGAGAGAUUUGCCAGGGGUCACACAGCAAGUCAGCGGCAGGAAAGCAGUUGUCCCGACUUGUGUGUGAAGAAGCACUUCCGGUGAAGGUUCUCCUGCAGCUGGCUGCCCCGUGUGACGGUUGGAGGGGCGGGUCCCUCGCCCCUCCACCUCA